AUGAUAUUUUUGACUGUUGCAUGCUUAGCCCACACCUAUCAAUUAUACUGCAAGUGCCAGUGCGAUAAUUCCAAAACCAUCAUCAAUAAGGUGGAUAAAUGCAAACAGUGCACAAGAAAAUUUUGUCUUGAGAAAGACCCAAACUUGUGUGAAGUGGAGCCGGACAAGGAAGGAGAUUCUAAUCGUCCUAACAAGCCCAUCACAAAUGACAAUAUUAUUAUUAGCUGUUACCAAGUGGAAUCAACUAAAGACGCAUUGAUUGUAUACACAUUCCUAUUGGUUAUCCUUGGCUUGAUGCUCAAGAUACUCUAUUCUUAUGUCAAAGGUGGCUAG